GUUUCAUUUCUCAUUGAUCGGGAAAGUUGUACAGGUAUACCGGUAUGUUAUGAAAAAUUCGCGGUUAUGACACGUUCCCGAGCAAGUAGCACCUUUAAUUUUUGAAUUGGUCUCACUCUAGGAUGACCUGUUUGAUGAAAUCUUUGUAGUGGAUGCCGGAGGUUCAAGUUUAUGACCAUCCCCAUCGAAAACUAGCACUAUUGGUGAAUGAUGAAACUGUCACCAUUUCUGUGAAGGUUGCACAACAGCUAUUAAGGAAAAUGUUUGGCGUGAACUGGCAUUUUAACUUCUCAGCCUUCAUACUCCAAAGAACUCUAGGCAUGCAGAGAUAGCAUUACCAGUGCCACAUUUGUAAAAAAAAAAAGGAGAAAGAUCGAAUCUUGGGCAUUACUGGCAGUGUGAGAGACGUGACGAAAAUGAAAUUCAACAAAUUCUUGCCUGUGACGAGGACUCGUCUAACGCGAAGGAGGGGUUCAGGGAUGCUGGUACUUGCAUAUUUAUGGACAUUGUUUUCAUUAGUGAGGACCCAGAGCGGGGGUAUAAAUCUGAACCCGGUGUGUGAAAGAACGCUUUCCGAUGGAACCGUAGAAUAUCUUGCUUGUUCUGCAGGCUCAGAGGACCUUUCACUGUUGGACUUGUCAGUCUCUGUAGAUCCAGUCAAUUCUACGUGUGGACUCAGUUCUGAUGUGAACAGACUGAUAUACAGUACUUUGGAUUACAAUGUCUUCGUAUGUGAUGCCUCAAACGCCUCCCUUGCGCACCCUCCGGAGUACAUCAUAGACGGUGAUGACCGAGACUCGCCAACAUGGUGGCAGUCCACAUCGUGGUACGACUUCCCGCAGCCCCUGGAAAUCAACGUCACCGUAUCUCUGGACCAUUCUUAUACCCUGGUAGACAGUAUAGAGAUAAUCUUUCAGUCGGCACGACCCCAACAAAUGAUAUUGGAGAAAUCCAACGAUAGAGGUGCCACGUGGGAAACGCUCCAGUACUAUUCCAGAGACUGCCUUGAAGACUUCUCCCUCGAUGAUACCCGGGAGUCCGACAUCAAAGAUGUCUCGCAGGUCAUCUGCACAUCAGAGUAUAGCGGAAUCUUGCCCUACAGGAAUGCUCCUGUUAAGUUUGACGUGGAGGAACGUUUGGCUCUUUUGUUUUCUGAUGGAGUCUCGCCAGCGCUUCAAGUUGAGGCGUAUCAGAACGAUACCGAAUUCCGUGACCUUUUGACCCUUACAGAUCUGCGUCUGCGGUUGUUGCGUCCUGCCACAGAUGGAUUAGAAUAUCCAGGAUAUUUUUUUUCUCUCAGCAAGUAUUAUUAUGCCAUAUCGAACAUUCAAUCUUUCCUCACGUGCAACUGCAACCAGCAUGGUCGCUUCUGUGCCCCCUCCCCCGAGAGCGGGGAUGUCGUCUGUGAGUGCUUCCAUAACACCAUGGGAACAAAUUGUGAGCAAUGUCUGCCGCUCUACAACGAUCGUCCAUGGAAGGCAGGAUCCUUUACCCCUUUCCCCACGGGAACACCCAAUGAGUGUCAAAAGUGUACUUGUAACGAUCACGCCGCCAGCUGUAUCUACAAUGCCACGCUUGGGUACGGCGUCUGCCAGGACUGCUACGACAACACGGCGGGCGAUUUCUGCGACAUCUGUGUGGAUGGGUUCUUCCGUAACGAGUCUCGUGAUAGGAGUGAUCCUGAUGUUUGCAUUGAGUGUAACUGUGAGCAACUAGGAACUGUUGACAACAAUACAGUCUGUGCUCAGUUUGCUGAUGAUGCAACAGGCUCUCCUAUUGGUCAGUGUCCGUGCAAAGGAAAUGUAACCGGGAGAGCUUGUGACCAAUGCGUGGACAGCUUCUAUGGACUUCUUACAGAGCCUGACCCUGGCAGAUGUAGAGAAUGUGGAUGCAAUGUGCUAGGGACAUUGAAUGCCACAGAGUCCUGUGACCAGACCAGUGGCCAGUGCUUCUGUAAGGCCAACACGGACACCAGGACAUGCGGAAUGUGCAAGGAUCAGUUUUAUGGCUAUCCCACUGAUGCCAACGAAGACUGUUCCCCCUGUGACUGUGACCCUGGGGGCGCUAUAUCAUUGACCUGUAACAAGGUGACUGGUCGGUGUGAUUGUCGAGGGUUCACUGGAGGCCGGACAUGUACGAAUGUGGAGAGUGGAUACUAUUUUCCUUAUCUUGAUGUUAAUAGUCAUGACGCUUGGGAGGCCAAUUCAAGCUGCGUCCAUCGAUCUGACUUUCCAUCCGAUGGUUUCUCAGGUCUGGGCUAUCUGGAGUGUGGUGUCGGUGAUAGGAUCCUCUUCAACGGGAUCAGGGUGUAUUCCAACGUUACAGAAAGAAUAUCAAGCUAUCUUGUUCUUCGUUACACUUACGUCUCCCAAUCGCCUUGGCUGAUGGCCGCCCUGCGCAUCAUCGUAGAAGCUACGGAGGACACCGCCCUCUCUUGCCCGUACCCUGCUGGCGAUGUGAUCGCAAGCCCUGCCUUCUCCCUGCAGCCUGGCGAGGGUGUUGCAUGGUCUUCGGAGGAGCCCUAUGGCUUCCAUCAGGGUUGUUCCUACUCUGCAGCGUUUGAACUGGACAGUGCAGGGCUAGGAGCGAAUGCCAUUGUGAUCGACGCUCUUGUUCUCAUUCCUGAUCCAAGUUCUUCUACUGUCUAUAGGAUCGGCGAUCCAGUAGAGAGAGGAUUUUAUGAAGACUGCCUUCGAGAUAUUUCAGCCUACUCCAAUCGUUCUCGUGCCCUUGAGGCCUGCCGGCCAUUCACCUACUCGCUCAUGAUGGAAAUUGUCGGAGAAGCACAAAAGUGCAGUUGCAAUGUAGAAGGCUCCCUUCCCCAGACGGUUUGCUCCACCUAUGGAGGGUCUUGCUUGUGUAAGCCUGGGGUCGGAGGUCAAAACUGCGAUAGGUGCCUGCCGGGCUUCUUCAACUUUACCUCCAGUGGUUGUCAAGCAUGCAACUGUGAUCAAAAUGGAUCAAUCACCCAGGCUUGUGAUUUCAUCACCGGUCAGUGCCCCUGCAAAUCGGGCGUGGCCUCGGAGGGCCAGACCAGCCACCUCGGCCUUGCCAGCGACAGACGAUGCAGUGCCUGCCAGGAGAACUUCUUUGGGUUCGGUAACCCUGAUGGCUGUGGUGCUUGCGGAUGCCAUCCCCUAGGAUCUUUGGAUUUGCAGUGCAGUGAGGACGGGGUGUGUCGAUGUCUGGAGACGGUCGGUGGGGAGAAGUGUGAUAGCUGCCUGCAAAGCUUCUACAAUCUGACCUCGGAAGGUUGCAGCGCUUGUGACUGUAACAUGGCAGGCUCCCUCACCUCCGAGUGCAACUCCAUCACCGGGGUCUGCUCGUGCAAGACUAAUGUAGAGGGGUCAAAGUGCGAUGGGUGUCGCCCAGGGUUCUUCAACCUGGACGAUGCAAACCCAGAAGGAUGCCAGCCAUGCUUCUGCUAUGGUCAUGGAACGAGCUGCAACGCUGCACCAAACUAUGUCCUGGACUUUGUGAGAUCUGACUUUACACAGGGAAGUACCAACGGAUGGAGAUUGUCAGACCCUUCAUCCUUGAACAUCAAUCCGACAAACAUCCGGGUAUCUCACCCGCCCUCCUUGCCCAGUGGGGCGUCCGUGUAUCUGAUCGCCCCCGAGGAAUACCUUGGAUUCAAGCUCAGUUCCUACGGCGGGUCCUUUCGCUUCACCUCCAAGAUAGAAGUAGGAAGCGCAGACCAGUCUUCUAACAGGUAUUUGGUGUUGACGGGUGGACCACAAAACACCAGUAUCUUCUACGCCGCGGAGGAGUUUGUCCCGACGGACCAGCCUUCAGAAUUUACAGCGACGUUUUAUGAAGGGAUGUGGCGAACUACAGAGACAGGAAGUGAGGUCACUGUGCUUCAGUUUCAAGAAAUACUGGCUGACGUCACCAGUAUUCAAGUUCGGGCAUCGUUUGGUCCAGGAACGGUUAGCACAUUCUUUGAUGUUUCCAUGGAAACGGCAUCAUCGGUCUCAAGUUCUGAAGAUGCGAACAAUGAGUUUGUGACCACUGUAGAACAGUGUGUCUGCGACACUUCUUCAAAUACCAUGGGUCUAUCAUGCAGCAGCUGUUCAAGUGGUACGAAGCGCCUGACUCCGUUUGGGCCCAAAACGGACAUCUGCGUGCCCUGCUUCUGCAACGGCCGUUCCUCGGCGUGCGACCCUGAUUCGGGCGUCUGCAUGGGCUGCCGUUCGGGCACGGUUGGGGAUCUCUGUGAAAGCUGUGCAGAUAAUGUCCAGGAACCGAACUGUGACCAGUGCAUCCCGGACUAUUACGGAUUUGGAACUGAUCUCUUUGGUGGAGCCUGCUCAGCCUGCGGGUGUAACACCACCGGAACGGGAGGAGCCACUCAGUGUGACAACGACAGCGGCCAAUGCCCCUGUGUCGGCAACUUUGGUGAACAACGUUGUGAUGGAUGCGCGUACAACUACUACAACUACGACUCUGGUUGCUUGAAAUGUGAUGUGUGUUAUGACGGUAUCGAGACAACUCAUCUCAGAUUGCUGGCGUUGCAGCGUAACCUGUCUCAGUUUGUAUCGGACCUUGAGGAGAGAGACAACUCCUCCAUACCCGAACCCUUCUAUCAGCGACUGCAGGAAACCAACGAUCUUCUGGCUGAUCUUGUGGAUGCUACCAGCUCAACAAUACAGGAAGGUUCCAAUCUACAAAGCACCAUUGCUGCACUCAUCAGUGUCAUGGAAGCUUUGAUAUCAACACUAGAUGGCGCUGUUCAAAAUGAUAUCAUGUUUGCCCAAGGAAAUGCCUCUGCUGCUCAGGAGAAUGCUCAACUUGCCUUAGAAGCCAUUGGUGUGGUGAAUGUCGACUUAACCGUUGCUUAUGAAACCCUUACAAGUGGUGAUUUCCAAGCUGCCCAGACCAUUCUUGAAGGACUGAGAGAUGACCUAAUGAGACAAGCCGUCUCAUUGGAGGAGGUUAGGCAACAGACAGCCAAUCAGACGGCUGCAUUGGAACAGGAUGUGGCGCGUAUCAGGGAAUUGACCCAAGAGACGAUUCAAGCAGCAGAUGAACUGCUAGAGACCGCCCAAACAGCUCAGGUUAUUCAUGACAAUACGACCUCAAGGACAGCCACAGAGGUCACCCAUGCCAACAGCGUUGCAACCCUUGCCGAAGAAACCCUAGAUGAUGCUGAAGAGUUGCUUGGAAGUGCUCAAGAUCUCGAUGACUCUGCCAAGCAGAAGGUGGCCGACGUGGAAGCGGCACGCACGUCUGUGGAUGAUGACAGGAUCGAUCUUCUGAUGACGGAUGCCUCCGUGAAGACAGGUCAAGCAGUGUCUUUGACAGUUCAGGCCGAUUCCAAGUUAUCUGAUGCCCAGAACACCAUCACCACCGUCGAGGAGGCCCGCAUCACUACGGAGAACACUCAGCUUGAGGUAGACGCCACGGUUGCUGAAGUCAUGGACCGGUAUGACAGAGCAGCAGAAGCUAACCGGGACUCUUCUGACUCUGUCAUGCUCUCUCAAGAUACUUUCAAUGCUGCUGAAGAAAUGCUAGUUGUCUCUUUGAAUUUUGACGCCCAGUCAAAUGUUGCACAGUCUGAGGCUUUCACUGCAGUAGAGCAGAUACCAGAAAUAAAUCGGAUUGCUAAUGAGAACUUGGCAGAGUCAGGGCAAUUGAGGGCUCAGGUCAGCGGAGUAGGAAGUACAGCAAGUGAAGGGUCAAGGGUCGCCGCUGAAGCAUUCACUGUUGUGAACAAUGAAGGACAGACUGUCCUGCCAAUCCAUGAAAGAGCGGAACAACUCUACACGGAGGCAGCGAACCAACUGACAGACACGGACCAGAUUACAGAGUCCUUGAACCAGCUAGACCAGGACCAGAUCCAGCCCUCACUCCAAGCAUGUGAUGUAUUCCAACCUGACAUUGAUGAUCUAGAGGCAUCGUAUGAUCAAGUUUCAGCCAAAGCUGAUGAAUCGGCCGUGUCCACUUCUGCCAAUCAGGGAAGACUUGAAGCACUCCUGCAGGAAGUUGCAAACAUUGAGCAGGUGGAUACCAGCCAGUUACCGGCUCUCCAGGAAAGGCUCCGGGAAUCCGGGGAGCUCUUCUCCAUGCGGGACUACGCUGCAAUUGUCGCGGCACUUCAGCAGGGACUUGCCCAGCAAGGAGCAUGGCUAGAAGAUACGAGGACUGUGAUUUCAGAACUCCAAGCACAGAUUGACGCCUUGGAGAGUUUCAAUGUCAAUCCGUAGAUAUGCACAUUUAUGCUGUCGAUGAUGCUUCCGCUCCUUCUCCUCGCCAUGGUGUUUUGAUAUGGCGGGGUCUCCUUUUGUGAGGUACAAGCAAUCAUGUAUUGGCUUUCAUGCCAUGUCAUAUUCAAAGUAGAUCAUGUAGUGUAGUAUUCAUAUUUUUAUCAAAACCCAUGUAUGUAUGUGCCACACGGGCCAAUAUCUUAAUCUAAAGAACGAGGUAUUUAGGUUAAUAAUAUGGAGGGGGAGUUCUUAAUUUAUUCAUAAUUUUUCAGAUGUUAAUCUUUUCCCUGUAGGACUUUUUAAAAUACUUUCUUUCUAAAUGAAAACGUCACUUUCCUAUGUGCUUUUUGUGUGUUUUAGGGAAUGUAAUAUUUUUAAAAGGCUAUAUCCAUGUGCUCCUGAGCCAGAUUACCAAAUUGUUUUUCAUGGCACGAUUGUCAAACAUAUCGUUUGAUCAAAUCUAUUUUCUAGAACUAAGUUGCAUUUUUAAAUUGAAUCUAUUUAACCUUACAAAUAGCUUUCAUUUAGUUUCCUUUUCUCUUGUCUGUGUCAUAGUUUUCACUGAUGGCUAUAGAGCAGAUUCUAUGAUGGAAUGAUUUCCAAAUUUUUAAGUGCUGUGUAGAUGCAUAUGUAUUUUCUAGUGUAAAGAAAUUGUUUGUUUUGCCAAUAUUCUUGCAUUGUUUGUGUACACUUAUGUGUAUACCGUAUAUAAAGAGAUAUUUCAGAGAGCAUGGGGCACGGUUCGUGGAUAUAUUUACAGUUGUACAUGCAUAUUCAACCAGGGUUGCUACUGAAAACUUCCUAGUCUAACUGAAAAUGAAAAAAAAAUAAGCAUCCGGAUAAAGAAUGCAUAGAGCUUAAAACUUGUAUAUACUUUUUAUUAUGGAAAUAGAUUUGACAUUUAUUAUGUGGAAGUAUAAUGAUAAAUGCUCCAAAUAUUGGGAUAUUAUAUGGUAUCUGGUCUUUUAUUUACUGUGUGUGCUACACAUUUUAUUUUGUUGUGUUGGAUUGGUGGUUUGCUUUGCUGAGCAGACUUAUUGUUCAAAUCAAAGGAAAAAUAAGAUUUAUAACUGUAUUUAUUAUUUUCUGCUUAAUUUUUGUGUGUGUCUACAUCUUCUAUAUGCUAGAAAAGAAACAUCUUAAAGAAGGCUGAAGUAAAUGUUACAUGUAUAAUAAUGUAAAUAAUUAAUCAUUCUAAUGCCAGAGUAAACUAAAGGAUGCCUCACUUAGAAGCUAAGACGAUUUUGGAUUCACCAAAUUUUCUGACUUGUGCUGCAAACACUUUCACAAAUUAAUAUAGAAGGAGCCAUGUGCAAAUCAAUAACUUCAACAACACUGUUUUACAAUCAACUGCUAUUAAAGUCCAACUGUUUUGCUCAACAUGUGGCAACUGUUUAUUUAAAAAAAAACGGAUUCACUAGAAUUUUUACCAGCAUAUAAAUUUCUUUGCAAUAAGAAACAAUAGUUUGCGACAGUGAAAUACUGUUUUCAAACUUUCUUCCAACCUUUUACAAAUCUUCAACAAGUCUUCGCAAAAUCCUAAAAUUUGCAAUAAGAAACAAUAGUUUGCGACAGUGAAAUACUGUUUUCAAACUUUCUUCCAACCUUUUACAAAUCUUCAACAAGUCUUCGCAAAAUCCUAAAAUACUCUAUAUUCAAGCAUUUGCGGCUCAGUGAGAUAUCCUUUUUGUUAGUGAUUGUAGUGAUUAUGGUUUGAUGAUUAUAUGAAAUCUUAUAAAAUUGUGUCCUGAUAUAACCAAUCUUGUCAUGAAUUCCAAGGGCUUCUUGCCUGCUUUUUGGUACAUUCCAUAUUUAGACUGUCCUUUAAACACUGUACAGAUCCCAGUGUUGCUGAUUGUUAUCAUGCCAUAAAUAAUUUUGCAAUAAAGUUGUGCUAAAUUGUAGACAAGUAUUGAACAUUUAUAUGCAAACAGGUAGAGCUUUGAUUGAAGUAUUGAAAUACAUGGAAUAGUACUGUUAUAUAGUCAUUUUUAAGUUGAUAGAUAUUUGAGAUUUUCAUUUAUUCCCCCCCCCCCUUGUGUGACAGUUCUGUAUUACAUGUAGCCUGCUCAGGGUAGGAAGUAGUUUUUUAUUUUUUUUAUUUUAGGGGCUAUUAUUUAUGUCACAUUUGGGGCUAUUACUGAGUUUUGGGGCUAGUUUAUUUGAUUUCAAGGGCUAGUUUUUGUGUUCAACAAGCAAUACAUGUAUGUUGAAUGUAGAAUAAUGGUUUUUCUUUUUUGAAUAUUGUUUAUUGCAAUAUUCAGGCAACCUUAGACAAGAUGGUUGCCCCAAAGCAUUCCAUUUUGCAAAUUUUAGGGGUCAUUUUGUCUGUCAUGCCAUUCAUUUAUAAAUUCAUUCAUUGUGAUCAUAAAAAGAUAGCACUUUAAUAGUUGUCCCUUAUAUUUAUUUGUGCUUGAAUUGAAAGGGUUUAUUAAAAGAUCUAACUCAUUUUUCUAUUCUUCAUCAAAGGUGACCAUUAGAGGUGGCACAUAUGUUUAUUAAUUUUAAAUGUAUAAUUUUCAUUUCAAUAUUUU